ACCAUGCGCUGAUAAUAAAUUCGCGAUAAUCUGUUGUUUUUUAUAAAAAUCGAACAGCAGUGCUAACUUAUUAGGUGCUCUUUGUUCUAAACAAAAUGAAAGUAUUGUUUGUGUGCUUGGGUAAUACCUGCCGCUCGCCCAUGGCUGAAGCUGUUCUAAAUCAUAUCAUUGUAAAAGAACAAUUAAGCAAUUGGAGUACCGAUAGUGCUGGACUGCGUGACUGGAAUGUGGGCUUACAGCCACAAGGACGCGCUCAACAGUUGCUUAACCAGCAUGGACUAAAAACUCAGCAUCUUAGUCGCAUAAUAACAGUGCAAGAUUUCUAUGACUUCGAUUAUAUAUUCGGGAUGGACGAGUCCAAUCUGCAGGAGUUAGAGUGCAUGGCAGCACGUUUACAACCAGCGCCGGCAUGUAGGAUAGAACUGCUUGGCAGCUAUUUGGGACGCAAGCAGGAUGAAAUUAUACCGGAUCCAUAUUUUAGUCAAGGUAUGGGCAGCUUUCAUGCGGUCUAUUUGCAGAUAAACGAGAGCUGUGAGCGAUUUGUGGAGCAACAAUUGAAGUAAAAUUAAUACAAGAGUUAAGUA